AUGUCGGGCUCGGCGUCCAGUGUCGAGGGCUCCAACAACUUGCCGAUGCAGUCGCGGACCGGGCGGAGCAAACAACGGUACAACUCGCAAGGAGAACGACUUGUCGCCGGCGUCGUACCACUCAGCGCAGACCGCAACUACGUCAUCCUCAUCCAGUCUACCCGGCGCAAGGGCUGGGUCUUGCCCAAGGGAGGAUGGGAGUCGGAUGAGUCGUGCCAGGAGUCUGCCGUGCGAGAGGCCUGGGAGGAAGCUGGCAUCACGCUCAACAUUGACUAUGACCUGGGCAACUUUGAGGAGAAGCGACCGCCCAAGACGUCCAAGGACCGCUCCCGCUACUACUUUUACCAGGGCACCGUGGUAGAGCAGCUGGACGAGUGGCCGGAGAAGGACAAGCGCGAGCGCGAAUGGUUCACCUAUACAAAGGCAAUUGAGGUUCUCCAAAACAGACCGGAGCUCCAAGAAGCCUUGAAUCGAUCUUCGAUGAACAGAACAUGA